CUUCAUACCCUGUUUGGAGGUGUCAGCAUCUCUGUGUGCCUUUUCUUAGCACAUGCCCCACACAGACAUUGUCUUCAUGCUGUGAUUUUUGAGACCACCUUGAGUGCAGAGAAAAGUUUUUUCUCCCCUCGAUGCAGAUUGUGCUGGGUUACCACUGCCUUUCACACUGAUUACACAACCUUGAUACUGUGUAGGAUGUCGACUGCCCUCUCGUGGGGCAUUGCUUACACGUCUCAUGGUCCUGGGCUGAAUUUCCACCCCCAAUGGAAACGCUCAAGAAGGGGAGGCCCAUCUCCUGACUGGCUGCCGGCCAUGGGACAGCUCUCCUUGAUGCGACUGAGCCCUUUUUGAAGGGAUGUGACAAAGGAGGAAGUACUGUGGGCAGCUGCCAGUUCCUGGAUGGCCGUCUGUGGCCCCGACACUGUUGUGUUCCCUCACACACAGACAUCGCCGUGAUUCAGAUGGCUGAAAGAGUCAAAGCAAAGAUGGCAGGGACCACACUCAGCUCCACGUUCUCCAUCUAUGUGAAGUCUUUGUUAGGAAAUAUUGUUUCUGUGCCAGUCUCUUUGGACGACACGGUGCUGGACCUAAAGACGAAGCUAUUUGCACUGGAUAGCUAUUUCUACCCUUCUCAGGCACGACUGAUUCAUGAUGGCUGGCAGUUGAAUGACGAACUAACUCUCAGACAUUACAACAUCACCUCCAACAGCAUUGUACACCACAUUCUUAGGUUGCGAGGUGGUGGUUCAGCUCCCUUAAAGGGCAAGGAAGAUGUCUCAGCCACAAGUGAUCAAGAACCAGAGGUGCAACAACAGGGUGGUUUAUCUGGAAUUGCCUCAAGGAUAGAAAUGCAGAGUGGUUCAGCAGGUGUCUCUUCGAUUAUAGAAAUGAAGACCAGUCUGUCAGGCAUCACCUCAACAGGUGCAGAGGGAAUCCAGAAAUGGCCACAGUCAGAUGUCCCAGCAGAGGAGAGAAGCUGUCUCUGUGUGAGGCAGGAAUUUCAAGAAGUGAGGCCGGAGACAGAUCCAUACAUUUUGGAGGAACAGAAGAUAUACAAAGCUUGUCUCCCUGGACCAGGCAUCUUCCAGUGCUCUGAGACGGGCCUUGCCUUCGAGGUGGAGUCAGCAGCCAGCAUCGUGUACAGAUAUGCCUCCUGGAGCACGCAUCUGAAAGAGGCUGACCAGAAUGUGUGGGUACCUGCUGGGCCUCUUUUCAACAUCGGGGCGCUGCCUGGAACCGUGCGAGCUGUGUAUCUCCCCCACUUCAUCUGCCUGUCAGAUGUAGACAUCAGUGGGUGCUCGAUUGCCCAUUUUGAAUUCCAGAAGAUGACCAUACAGCAACCAACAGAAGUGAUGGCCUUCUCCGCAGUCCUGGAGAAUCCCAGCUUCUCUCUUCUUGGAGUGGUUUGGAGAAAGUUACGUUCAGCCAUUUCUCUCCCUGUGCACUCCUUAGUGCUGAUCUUCCAACAGCUCUCCGCUGCAAAUACAACCCUGCAUCUCUACCUGAUCCCAGAUGACAGCUCUGUGAAGAAGGCCAUUGAAAGACAAGAGACAAGCUGGAACUCAAAGCUUAUUCCCAAGCCUUCUCCAUUCCGUCCCCUGUUUUUUGGCCACAGAUACCAGGUGUGCAGUAACACUCAAGUGAAGAUUACACCUGAAGCACACUUACCAUUUUGCUACAAGAGUCCAGAGGACCAACAGCUCUUUGUUGAGAUCUACAUCAGGAAAAUGGCAAAGGAAGUGGAAUUCUUUAUCACAGAUGGACAGAAUGACACCGAGGUCUGGAGGGCAUCACUGAGAUCAGGUGAUAUUAGUCAUUCUGGAAACAAAUCCAAAAAGCUUUCAGGUGCAGCCUUCCUGAAGAAGCACAAGACAGAGCUUUGUUCCAGGAUGGGGCAGCUCUCCUCCAUUCUGCUAAAUUUAAGUGUUGAAGACGUAAUCAACAGUGAAGAAGAAGAGGAGGUACAAGCUCAAAAUACAAAACAAAAGAAGAAUCAAUUUCUGCUGGACCUAGUUGAGAAAAAAGGGCUCAAGGCCCAAGAGAUGCUCUUUCAGAUCCUCCAGAAAAAAGACCGAUUUCUUGUUGAAGACCUGCAGAAAGCUAAGACAGAGGACAUUGACAGAUUAAGGAAGUGACAGGAGAGUCAGGCAAAAGGAGGGAUUUGUCUGUGCGUGAAUCCUGACCUUUCCAUGCAAAAUCCAUGAUACAAAGCAAUGUCUCAGCCUUCUGAGCAACCAACUGCCAGGCCUGCUUCCCUUACCUGAUGUGCUCACUACAAGAGGACUGUCGAUCACCACUGAGAAGCUGCUGAAAAGAGAAACCUUAGUUCCUAAUCCAGUGCCCAUGUUGUGAAGCCAUCCGCCUUCUGAGAACACAGGGCCUCUGCAGGGUCUCCAGAUGCUCCAGGCAGCUGCUAGUUGAGGAGCUCUCUUCACAACAGGAACCUCACAGAGUCACAGAAUUGCAGGGGUUGGAAGGAACCUCUGGAAAUCCCCCAGUCCAACACCGCUUAGAGCAGCUUCCCUACAGAAUGUUACACAGGAAAGUGUUCAGGCAGGGUUUGAAUAUCCCUGGAGAAGGAGACUUUACAGCCUCUCUGGGCAACAUGUUCCACUGCUCUGUCACUGUCAUAGUAUCGUUUUUCUUUACGAAAUAAAAUCAUAAAGACCAUCCAUCAA